GGCGAACCAUCCCAAACGACAACCAGCGCCGGCGGGCCAUCCCAAACGACCACCAGUGUAGGAGAACCAUCCCAAACCACCACCGGCGUCGGCGGGCCAUUCCAAACGACCACCAGUGUAGGCGAACCAUCCCAAACCACCACCGGCGUCGGCGGGCCACCCCAAACGACCACCAGCGCCGGCGGGCCAUCCCAAACGACCACCAGCGCCGGCGGGCCAUCUCAAACGACCACCAUGGCUUUACAAACAACAACUACAAACAAACAGUCAACUACAGUUUAUACAACUCGAGGUAUUUGUGAUGAUGAUAUGACACCUCAUGAAGCAGACCAAAUGUCAGCAAGUUCCCACAAAGUUGGUCGUGAAGCUUUCGCCUCCAGGUUUGGGGAUGAGUCAUCAUGGUCUCCACUUGAUGACGAUGUUGAGCCUUACCUUGAAAUAAUCUUUCCAACCCUUCUAACAAUCACCCACAUUCGGACACAAGGGGGUAACGGCGAGUUUGUUCCAAACUUUAUGAUCAAAUAUUCAAAUAAAGAUGGUUUGGUUUUCAUUGAAGAAACAAUCCAAAUGGAUUCCCCAGAAGGAAGCUUUAACAAACAAGUUCCUAAAGUUUUCUCUGGAAACAGAGAUGAUCAAAACGUUAAAGUGAAUGUGAUAUCCCCGACAGACAUGAACACCAUCAGAAUCUUUCCUAUCAGGACGAAUGGCAAGCCGAUGAGUUUGAACAUUGAACUGGUUGGUUGCAAUCCAUUGUCGCUCACAACUAUCCCCGUCACCGUGGAAACAUCAAUGACAACCAUAAAAAUAACAACAACACCCGAGAUAGCAACCAUGGCAUCAACCAAAGAGACGACAACGAUCAUCAGUGAAACCACAUCACCAAUCGAACCAUCAACAAGUUACCCAUCAUCAACAACAGCAACAACAACAGUGGUGAAAUCUACCAGCAUAUCUCAACCCACAACCAACGUUCAUGCCACCCAACCCACAACAUGCGAUGAGAAUAUGGGCCUUGAAUGGAAAGCAACUAAGAAUAUUGGUGGACCCCGAUUAUCAGCUUCGAGUAACCAACCAUUGGGUGUGGGGGGUAAGCUUAACUCUCCAACUCCUUGGAUAGCAAGCGUUGACAACCAACAAAGUGGGGGUGUUUGGAUACAAGUUGAUUUUAAUGACGUGGUUUAUGUUCAUGGAAUUAUUACACAAGGUGGUGGUUCAGAUAUGUAUGUGACCGAUUAUUACGUAGAUUAUCUUCGUAAUGGUGGGGGAUGGGAACCAGCUUUAUCCUCGGAUAAUUCGCUUUUGUUCUCUGCUAACUAUGACGUAACAAGCGUUGUUAUGAACACGUUAAUAGAACCUGUGAUGACGUCAUCAAUCCGUAUCAAACCGAUAUCUUGGAACAAAGAGCCGGCCCUUCGGUUCGAUCUCACUGGGUGUUUAAUGGGUGAAACAUUAACGACUGUUGUCAUGGAAACAACAGAGGAAGUCGUCAUGACAACCGACGCCGAAGUGACAACCACCAAAUACGUUGCACCUACGACAACUUUCGUGACUUCGGUUCCUGUUGGAAAUAUGACAUCACAAUCAACACCUGUUAAGACGUCAUCAACACCAUCAUCAUCCACCAUUAUGACAUCACCAUCCAACCCUGUAACAACGCAUGAAGUUGUUCAAACUUCUCCCAUAAUAUCAACAACAACAACAACAACAGCCGAUGUUUCAACAGGGAUUUGCAACGAACCAAUGACUGAAUAUUUUGUUGAAUCCUAUUCAUCAUCAUCGCACGAGAAGGAUCGAGAAAGUUUUAAAUCCUCGCUGAAUGUUCCUGGUUCGUGGGCACCAACCGUGGGUGACAACAAACCUUAUUUGCAAAUCAUGUUUACAACUCCAGUCAUUAUGACUUCAUUGGUAACAAAGGGUGAUGACAAUGGAGGUUAUGUCGAACAAUUCACAUUGAUGACGUCAAAAACUACCAUUGAUAAACUCGAUGAUGUAAUAAAUGAUGACUCCAUAGAAGCAACAAAGGUAUUUGAAGGAAAUACAGAUGAUACGUCAUUGGCUGAAAAUAUUUUGAAUGAACCAAUGAAAGUGAAGAUACUUCGAUUAUAUCCAAUCAACUCUUUAGUUGAGGUUGGGCUUAAUAUUGAGGUUCGUGGGUGCGCGGAAUCCACCACACCCAUGGUUGUUGACACCACUGUUGUUGUUGUUGUUUCAACUACUCCAGUAUCUGGUGGCAAUCAAACAACAACAGAAACAACAACAACGACAACAACAACACCGUUGGUUCCAGUAAGCACAAACAUAGCAACUACAACUUCUGUGACAACUGAAAAGUUGGUUGAGGUUUCAACAACUAAAGCUACGAACCCUGAAACAACGACAACUGUGGAAAAAUGUGAAGACGAGAUGAUUGUACUCACUCAGUAUAAAGGCGUGCCGAUUCCAACCUCUGUUUACUCUGCAUCAACCAACAGUGAUGUUGCAACAAACGCCAAAGUUGAUUUCCAAGUCGCAAUCAACCCUGAAGCAACCUCAGUGUUGGAGUUAAACACAUGGGAGGCAGAUAUUAAUGAUAAACGUCCUUAUGUUCAAGUUGACUUCAUGAGCCCUGUGACAGUGAUGCAGCUACUAACACAAGGAAGCAUUAAUGUCGGGAAGUGGAGCACUUCUGUCUUUGUUCAGUAUACUGUUCAACCAAAAACGUUGGAUAGGAAUUGGGAGUUUGUCCAAGAAAUGAAUUCACAUUCACCAAUGGUGUUUGAAGCGAACGCAAACGACAGGACCGCUGUCAUUAACGUGUUCCCCCACGCUUUGGAUGAUGUAUUCGCUAUUAGGGUGAUUCCCCGUACAUGGGUAGGAGGGAAAUCCCCAGCACUUAGGGUUGAUUUGAUUGGUUGUUUUAAAGUAACGGACAUAACAACUGUGAAGACAGUUUCAACCACAAGUAGUGGAGGGCAUGUGUUCACAACCGUCAUACCAACUACAAACAUUGUUGAUUCAACAUCAACAUUAUACGAGAUCAGCACCACCAGGAAUGACCACCCAAGCAUCACUACCAAAGUUGUAACGACUACCAUCGCAUCUUCUACUUCAAGUGAAACAACAACCCGCACAAUGACAUCAACCAGCAACGCACCAACCCCAUAUACAUCUGUCAUGACCACAACACUAAACACACCAUUAGUUGGAUCAACAACAGCAGCAAUUUGCGUUAAACCGAUGGGAAUGGAAGAUCACGUGAUCCCAGAUUCAUCUAUUGUAUCAUCAACUCACAAAGUUGGCAGCGAAGCUCGUUUUGCUCGAAUAUCAAACGAAAGAUCUUGGUCCCCAUUACUUGAAGAUCCAUCUCCAUAUUUGGAAGUCCAUUUCGACAAUCUUGUCCAAAUAACUUCGGUUCUCACCCAAGGGGGAGUGGACGGCAACUUUGUUCCAAACUAUAAAUUACAAUACCUCAUUGAAAAUAAAUUCAUUGAAGUGGUAACCCUCUUCCAAGGCAACCAAGAUCAUUCAACAAUCCACGAGAACGUUCUAACUCAACCAAUCUUAGCCAAAGUUGUUAGAAUACUACCAAUUCGUGGGAAUAAUGAACAAGAAAUAAGUUUAAGGGUUGAGUUUCACGGAUGUUUAAAAACAACCAUCACAACACCCGUAGCAACAAUACCCGUAGCAACAACUGCACCCACCACCAUUACAACAACAGUUGGUGGUAAAGUAACUGAAGAACAAACAACGAAAGUUGGGGCGACCACAGGUUUGGUUACAACGACAGUUCAUCCGUCUAAGACAACUCUUCAUGUUGUAUCUAUACCUUCAACAUCAAACAACCCACAAACAACUUUACCCCCAUGUUUGGUUAAUUGCAAUUGUGGCGAAGGAUAUUUCACAGAACAAACCAAUGGAUGUUGUUCAUGCGUCCCGUUCACUACGACAACAACGACAAUAACAACAAAAGUUUGCACAGAACCCUUUGUUUAUUAUGAAUGCCAGCCUGAUUGUUCAUCUGUUUGUCCAUAUCUACGUUCAUGCACAGAUAACGUAGAUUGUAAUCCAACAUGUGCUUGUCCACCCAACACUAUGUAUGAUGGUGUAGAUUGUGUUGUUGAAGGUGAUUGUUUAUGCAGAGUCAAUGAAACUAUAUACCAGCCCAACCAAGAAUGGCAAGAUGGUUGCAGUCAAUGCACUUGUAGAGGAGGUUUAAUAUAUUGCCACCAACCUGAUUGUAUUUACCCAAUAUGUUCUGUAGGACAUGUGGUUCAAAUGUUGCCUGAUAAGUGUUGUCCAGAAUGUGUUUCAAUCCAGACCACAACAUCCGGUUCCCACCCAACAACAUCUGGUUCCCAGCCAACAACAUCCGGUUUCCAGCCAACAACAUCUGGUUCCCAGCCAACAACAUCUGGUUUCCAGCCAACAACAUCCGGUUUCCAGCCAACAACAUCUGGUUUCCAGCCAACAACAUCCAGUUUCCAGCCAACAACAUCUGGUUUCCAGCCAACAACAUCCGGUUUUCAGCCAACAACAUCUGGUUCCCAGCCAACAACAUCCGGUUCCCAGCCAACAACAUCCGGUUUCCAGCCAACAACAUCUGGUGUCCAGUCGACAACAAAAGAACCAGUGCCAAAAUGCAACCUCACGUGUUACUGCAUGUUUGGAUGUGACCGGGACGAAUCAAAAUGUCCAAUAUUAUCAGAUUGUCCCUACCGAUGUUCAUGUAACAAAGGAACCCUUAAAGUUCGUGGCAGAUGUGCUUUCCUUGUUGAAUCUGUUCAAUGUUUGCCUGAAUGGACAACAGUCGGCAUAACUGAACAAACAACGAGUGAAAUAAUUGAUGGAGGAAAUCGAACCACAGUUGAACCAAGUGCUACAACUUUAGCUCCAAUAACAUUACCCCCUAACAUAUGUUCGAAUGAAUGUAAUUGUACCAUGGGAUGUAAUGAUAUUGGAAACUGUUUGCCUCAUUGGGGAUGCAGUAUCGAUGAAUGUUCCUGUUCGGAUCCUAAUAUGGAUCGAGUGAACGGUCGUUGUGGGACUUACCCUACUUGCCCCACUACCACAACCCCAGUUGCCGGAACAACCACCACCCCAGUUGCCGGGGCAACCGAUACCACAGUUACUGGGGCAACUACUACCCCAGUUGCCGGGGCAACCACCACCUCAGUUGCCGGGGCAACCACCGCCCCAGUUGCCGGGGCAACCACUACCCCAGUUGCCGGGGCAACCGACACCCUAGUUGGCGGGGCAACCACUACUCCAAUUGCCGGGGCAACCACUACCCCAGUUGCCGGGGCAACCACUACCCCAGUUGCCGGAACAACCACCACCCCAGUUGCCGGGGCAACCACUGCCCCAGUUGCCGGGGCAACCACCACCUCAGUUGCCGGGGCAACCACCGCCCCAGUUGCCGGGGCAACCACUACCCCAGUUGCCGGGGCAACCGACACCCUAGUUGGCGGGGCAACCACUACUCCAGUUGCCGGGGCAACCACUACCCCAGUUGCCGGGGCAACCACUACCCCAGUUGCCGGAACAACCACCACCCCAGUUGCCGGGGCAACCACCGCCCCAGUUGCCGGAGCAACCACCGCCCCAGUUGCCGGAACAACCACCACCCAAGUUGCCGGGGCAACCACCGCCUUAGUUGCCGGGGCAACCACUACCCCAGUUGCCGGGGCAACCACUACCCCAGUUGCCGGGGCAACCACUACCCCAGUUGCCGGGGCAACCACUACCCCAGUUGCCGGGGCAACCACUACCCCAGUUGCCGGAACAACCACCACCCCAGUUGCCGGGGCAACCACCGCCCCAGUUGCCGGGGCAACCACCGCCCCAGUUGCCGAGGCAACCACCCCCUCAGUUGCCGAGGCAACCACCCCCCCAGUUGCCGGGGCAACCACCCCUCCUGUUUGUGUUGAUGGGCAAAUAUUCCAUCCAUGCCCAUGCUACAGCACAUGCUCUGGUGUAUUGAGCAACCAAUGUCCAAGUGGUUCAGACUGUGAGGCUGGAUGUGUUUGUGAGAAUGGUAUGGUUGAACAUGAUGGGGAAUGCAUCAAAGUUGAGCAAUGUCCAUGUUACCAUGAUGACAAACUUUAUAAGUUUGGACAAAUUGUUCCAAAUUAUAGCAAUGUAAGUUGUGAUGAAUGUAUUUGCACGGAUGAAGGUAUUGUCUGCGCUAAAUCAUGUCCUAUCACACGAACUAUGUGUGAAAUGGCUGGUGGUAUAUUCAUGUUUAAUUCUGAUUCUUGCUGCAAAUGUUUUAAACAAUCAACACAAAUCAUCACAACAACAUCAAAACCAGUUCAAACAACUGAGGAACUUCUAUCUACAACAACAAGAACCAUCAUGGAAACAGCAACUAUUCCUGUUGAAACGAGUCGGAAAACCUCGACCGCUCCCAUCGUUUGUUUGCCGCCGCUGGAGGCGAGUUAUUGUGGAUGUAAUAACACAUGUGGACAACCAUGUAAUAAUGGGUGCUUGGUUGGAUGUUUCUGCCCUGAAGGUACAUUACAGGAUGGGGAUAAAUGCAUUAAACAGGAACAAUGUCCAUGCGUGUAUGAUGGUUUAAGGUAUCCGAACGGAGGUAAAUGGAGAAAGUCAUCGUGUAUGAAAUGUGUUUGUGUUGGUGGUGAAGUGGUAUGUACAAAGGAAUGCAACAUAACAUGUACUCCAAUGCAACUUGUGAAGGAGACAACAGGGGAUGAAUGUUGUUACUGCAAGGAAGUUGAAAUCGUGGAAACAACAACGACAUCAAGUCCUUCCACCGUCCAAACAAUCCACCCAUGUGAGGGUUGCCUUGUUGAUGAUGAAUGUUUGGCAGUAAAUACCGAAUGGAAGUUAAAUCCAUGUGAGACAUGUACAUGCACAAGUGAACAGGGAAGUGUGAAUUGUGUUGAAAUUCAGUGCCCAAUCAUUGACUGUGAGGAGGGUUAUCAUCUUAUUGUUGAAGAUGGUCAAUGUUGUUCCGUAUGCGAUAAGCAUUGCCCUGGUGAAUACUAUUGUAAUCAAACGUCAUGUAUUCCUAUGAAAUGGGUUUGUGACGGUCAUAAAGAUUGCUUCGAUGGAAAAGAUGAACAAAGCUGUUUUAGUUAGCACAACUGUGGCACCAGCACGCACAACUGUGGCACCAGGACGUACAACUGUGGCACCAGGAAGCACAACUGUGGCACCUGCACGCACAACUGUGGCACCAGCAGGUA